ACACGUUUUUCCUCUCAAUCACUGGAUUUGUGAGGGCUACAAGCUCAUCCACCGCCCCCACAACAAAAUCUUUUUUUCCCCCGUUAAAAACUAACAAAUCAAUCAAAUUCCUCAUCAAGUGAUGGAUCAUUGCUUCAGAUCCCUCGCACGAUUCUCGAUUUCCACCAUUGUUCUUGCGAUCAUUCUUUCUUCAUUCAGUUUCACUUGCACAGAAGCCUAUGAUGCACUUGACCCAAAUGGAAAUAUCACAAUCAAGUGGGACAUUAUUAGUUGGACUCCAGAUGGCUAUGUUGUAAGUAUCAUUAACUCAAAUUCUCCCUCAGUUUAA